AAUUAAGUUAUUAAAACCCUUUAAAAUUUAAUUAUUUGGAAAACCUUUCUUUUUGUUUAAUUUCACGCAUUAAUUAGAGCUUACUUUUUUUUCCCCAACGUUAGAGAUUACAUGUUUUGGUGGGAAAAAAAAACAAGCUUCUCUACCGAAAGCAGAUAUAUUACGAGGGUGUCUGGCAAAGUUUAAAACACUUAUUUUAAAGGUAACUCGCUUGAAAUGUGGUGGUUUCAUCUUUGCCAUCCGCCUCAACCAUACCAUGAGUGAUGCUUCUGGUCUAGUGCAGUUCCUAACGGCUGUGAGUGAGAUGGCCCAUGGUGAAAGUGUCCCUUCAGUCAUGCCCUUUUGGGAAAGGCAUCUCUUUAAUGCGCGGUACCCUCCACGUGUGACCUGCACACACCAUGAGUACGAGGGGGCAGCUAACACAGAGGGCACCAUCAGCCCACUUCAUGACAUAGUCCAGCGUUCUUUCUUCUUCGGCCCCUCUGAAAUAUCAACCAUUCGUAGUUUCCUUCCCCACAGCCUUCGUCAAUCUUCUACUUUCGAAGUGUUGACUGCGUUCUUGUGGCGAUUCCGCACCAUAGCUUUAGACAUAGAUCCCAAUAAAGAGAUGCGAGCCAUAUCCCUUGUCAAUUCCCGUUCGAAGUUCAAUCCUCCUAUAUCCAUGGGAUUUUACGGGAAUGGAUUUGCUCUUUCAACGGCUCUAACAACUGCUGGGAAGCUUUGUCAAAACCCAUUGGCGUAUGCAUUGGAAUUAGUGAAGCAGGCAAAGGCAGACAUAACAGAGGAGUACAUGAAAUCAGUGGCGGACUUGAUGGUGAUUAGGGGUCGACCCCUGUUCAUUAUGGAUGGAACAUUUUUGGUAUCUGAUGUAACACGAGCUGGGUUUAUAGAUGUGGACUUUGGAUGGGGCAAGGCAGUAUAUGCUGGAGUGGCAGCAAUUGGAGGUAAACUGAUGCCUUGGGUUAUAAGUUUUUUUAUGCGGUUCAAGAACAAGAAAGGAGAGGAGGGGAUUGUGGUGCCCAUUUGCUUGCCAACUCUAGCUAUGGACAAGUUUGUGAUGCUGCUUGAUAACAUGUUGAAAGAGCAGCCUCUUAGGAGUAAUAGUAGGCUGUAGAAGAGUUAAGUUUGUGUUAACGUAUGAGAUCAAGCCUAUUAACUAGUUAUGUUAGUUCUUGUGUAGUGGCCAGUUGCAGUUACUUUAUUUUGCUUAGUGGUGUAGCAGUUCAUGUUGGUAGUUCAUAACUUCUUUGUUUUCAGUGAUUGUCAUAUAUAAGUUUUUGGUUUUUUUCUAGAACCAAUAUGUAUGUUUGAUGCUGUGAUUUUUUGAUAUAUCAAAACAUAUAUAAACUCAUGUAUUUCAU